GCGACGAGGCCCCCAUUCGCAGCUACGACCCGCGCAUCGUCGGCUCCCAAAAGAUCGAUUGGCUCUACAAGGCCCACUGUCUGGCCAUGAACGAGGAUUCAAAGGGGGUGGGAAAAGCGUUUAUCUCGGGAUCCGGGUACUAUGCCGAUAUGGGAGAAUUGGUGGUCAAGGCUGGGCCUGAUUCCCCUCGACCCUUUCAUCGGGACGUUUACGCAUGCUAUACCCACGGAACAGAAGAGGCCUCCGGCCCCGUCCUUCCAUUCCACUCGUGCUGCUUCGAAAUUCUCACGCGAACCCUCACCGGAUCGGCCAACACUGAAAACCUCAACUUGGAUGUCCUCUAUCAUAUCAUGGCGACUCUAAGCAACGGAUCCUCCUCCGCUCUACAGCUGAGCUACGGAGACGACAUCCGCCGUGCUCAGGGCCGAUAUUGGGAAUGCAUUCCUGGCGCCGAGUACUGCGCGACGCACCCCACGAAUAUCCCCGAUUUGGACGCCUUCAUAGAAAGCAGCAUGACUAGCCACGCCGGCUUGAAGCUCCCCUCCGAAAGCGUCAGCCCUGGCGAUCGAAAUCCCUCCAGCCCGUUCGGUCGGCUGCCGUUCGAGAUCAUUGAGCGCAUCUGUCUGUACCUGCCGGGUGAAUCCCUGAAGGCCUUGACGCAGGCCUCAUUGAGUAUUCAACUGCUCACGCAGGAUAACUUCUUCUGGAAACAAUUUAUGGAAUGGGAUAUGCCUUGGUUCUGGGAAUUACACACGAGUCAAGCCCGGAAGAAAGCCCCGGAAGAUCUCAAUUAUAAGCGGCUAUACUUGUGGCUGGAUAGUAUGACGACGCCUCGGUACGGCAUGGACGAUCUGAGCGUCAUUGGCGUCGCGAACCGCCGACGUAUCUGGGGUGUCUGUGAGCAGCUGGCGCCGCAGUAUUACAAGGGAUUGCACCAGACACCUGGUGAACUGCCCCAGUGGGGGGCCGUAUGUUGACGGGGGAACUCCGCCAGGUGAAUACCACAUGACCUCGGGAGCAUGAAUAAUCAUCCUAACGAGUUGUCCAUCCAUCAAAGUUUUCCCAACGAGAUUGGCUCUUUCGCGGCGGACCAGGCUUGCAUGCUUUUCCGGUGUGCUAUGCAGAUACUUCUUUUGAUUUGGUCCGGAAAUGAACUUCAUAUAUACCCCAACUUCUGCAUGAGCG